UUAAAAAUAAAAUCUAGUAUUGGAUAAACAUAGAUGUUUAAGCUAAAGAAAAAGAUUAGAGACGUGGCGCAGUAGUUAGGUAGGGUUGAUUGAUUCCUUCGUAUGAAAGAAAUCCAUUUGUGUAAUCAGCAGCAGCAUCAUCCGUCGUUUUCGUCCUCUCUUCCUCCUUCUUCCUCAGGAUUUUUCAUCACUCUCUGUCUUCCUCUGAAUAUGUGAUCACUUUCAAGUUCCAACGUCUUGGACUCUUGGGUAGAACAGAACACCUAUUACUGAAUGUGGUUAUUGUUUUCUGGUUGGAAACUCAUUCCUUGAGUUUGAUUCUAAUUGAAAUCAAUCACGGGAUUGGGUCCUGGUGUCAUCUCUGGACUAGAACAACAUUAAGGGCUGCUUUCAUGUUGAAACUGUUUACUCUUCGGAGGCUGCCAUGGAGCCCAAAUCAUGCUAGUCAGGAAAAGGUUGAAUUAACGGCUGCAGAAGUAGAGUCUCUUCGAUCAGAACUUGUUGAUUUAGAAGAGAAGGAGGCUCAGUUAAAAGCUCAGUUGGAAAAUAUUGAUGAAAUUUUACGGUCAGCUCGUCUAUCUGGAUAUUUAUACAUCCGAACUAGAUGGGCGGCACUACCAGGUGAACCUCCAGCUAUUGAUGAUACCGAUGUAGAUGAUUGGCUUCCUCGCUUUGUUGUUCUUCAGGGUGAAUGUCUAUUCUUAUAUUUGUUGUGUACAGACUUAAGUCCUCAAGAUUCAACGCUUCUAUCUGACAUUGUUGAAGUAACCCAACUACCAAGUUUUAAGCGUGACGAUGGUGAGAUGAGAUACGCCUUUUGUAUUUUAACUCGACAUGGUUUACGAUAUGAAUGUUCAAGCAGUUCUAAGAUACAGGUGGAUUCGUGGUUAUCAGCUCUACAAUCUGAUACAUCAACUUCCAAUGGUUCAAUACAGAUGUAAUUACCAUGUUUUACUUCUUGUUUGGGGAACUUGAAAUGGGUCACGUCUUGUAACCUAUUCAUCUACUUCACUGAGUUCCCGGAGGAAUAUAGAGCAUGAGAUAUUACGAAGAGUUUCAAAUUUAUGGAAGCAAAGGACUAUAGAGCAUGACACCUUCAAAAUGCAGUUUAGUUUCGAAGGCGAAGAUUUUGUAAGAAUUCACAUUUUUUUGGAAAUGUUCGCUCAUUUAUGUGAUGAAUAUCUACUCUUCUAGUUCUCUUAGCACUAAAAGAAGGAUGUUGGCAAA